AUGAUAUUAUCCGCAAAGCAAAAAGGUUCAGUUGUAAAGGUGAAUGCUGUGUCAUGCAUUCGUAAAAAACGUACAUAUCCAAAAGACGACAGAAAUGUAAUAUUGGCAGGGAAUUGUUCAGUAGGUAGCAACGUCAACGCAGCCGAUAAAAAUGGUAUUAAAGAAACAAUUUUUAACAAGGUUAAAACACUAUACGCAGAAGUUUCUUACGGAGGUACUGGCGAGAAUGAAAUGGUUAUUAGCAUGGAUUGGAACAAUUCAUCUAUGACAGCAAAUCUGCCAUUGACAUCAACUUCUAAAAAUGGCGAAAACUCAGAAGCAGUUGUUGGGAUACCCUUACGCAGGAUCCCUCGUUGGUGGCAUUCAAAGUCCAGAUUUACAAUCGCCUAG